UGCGUUUCAUUGUCAAGGACAGAGAGAGCUAGAGAGAGAGAGAGAGCGCUACUUGAUUUGCCAAACGAAUUGAUAGGCACCCAAGGUUUUACUAAUUUUUUUUAAAGGGCAGAUUACCGCAUCCAUCUGAUCUCUCUUUUUUGGCAACUGAAUCUGAAUUGCUUUGGCAAGAUUGGGAGGGGAGGGGGGAACAAUGUGCCAUGGGUAAUAAAUGUAAAGUCUCUGAAAUGACAGGAAUCUAUAUGUGACUUUUCAGAUAGGUGUGUAGGUGGGCUUGUUCACAGGUUUUGCUGAAGGGUUUAUAAGGUGUCAUAUGGGCUUGUGGAAAGACAGGACCAUCCACUUCAUUCAUCCUGCUGAGAAACCAGGGAGCCAGUGCCUUUUCAUAUGCAAAGAAAUGCAUCUCUGCAUCCUGCAUUUUCUCUGUUAAAAGUGGGCUUAGGUAACUGCUAUAUUCUGUGGGCAAAAACCACAAGAGAGACAGAGGGAGGCAUUAUUUGUCAAAGAGGCCUGGAACUGAAAAUGAAAAGGUGUUACACUGCUUCACCUUUAAAGUAUGUAUGUAUAUUUAUCUAAAGGAAGGUAUCUAUAUGAUUUAUCUGGUGUUUUUUUUAAAUAAGUGUUGUACGUUUUCAAAAGAACAACUAGUGAGCAGCAAAAAUAUUUCAGAAAUAGCCAACUAUUUCUGAAACACAAAUCCUAGAUUGCUUUUGAAAGGGAGAGAAAAAAGAGGAAGGAAGAAAAUAACACAGGAAUAGCCAUUGCAAGGGAAUCUUCUGCAUUUUCAUUUGCUAAGCAGGCUCCUGGCUCCACGGCUCCCUUGCCUGGUAGGAGAAGGAAAUAGCUAGACUAGGUAUUCUGCAGGUCUGAAGAAAUCCAAAAUGGGCUGUUCGGAAAAAGCAGCGUCCAAAAUGCUGUUCCUUCUGCUGCUUAGCUCUGUGCCUCUUCUACAAGGCCUGCCCCUCUGGGAAAAUGACGAUGUGGUCCCGGCUACCCCCUCCCCACAGCUGGAGGCCCUGGCAUCGGAGGCCAUGGGUGGACCCAAGGAGGAGGAACUGGGGGUCUCAGCUGAGGUCAGGGGGUCCUCACCCCCCAGCCCCGAAGGCCUCUCUGAGUUGCUGCAGGGGGCACUGCUGAGGAAGGAGUUUCUGGGGGGCGAGUUGAUGGAGGAGCCCAUCCCUGGAGGUAGCCCUUCCACGCUGCCCCCAUUCCACCCUCCUGUCCAGCACUUGGAUGGUGGGAUGGUCCCCGAAGCCUCUGAAGCUGCAGCCACGGGUCCUUCCCCGUUGACCACUGCUGCACCCCCCACUGGCUUCCUCCUUACGACCCCUCCGGCUUCCACAGCAGCUGCGCCCCCCCGCCUUCCACCUCCACCUGAUGAGACCGGGUCUGCCGGCCAACACAUCUCGGCCACCACCACAGCCUUCAUCCCCGAAGGCGAUGAGGAGACCACCACCACACUUAUCACGACGACAACCAUCACGACGGUGCACACGCCAGUACUGUGCAACAACAACAUCACUGACGUGGAAGGCUACGUGGAAUCUCCGGACUACGCAGGCGCUACUUUCUAUGGGGGCCUGGAUUGCACCUACACAAUCUCUGUUUAUAUGGGCUACGGGAUAGAAGUGCAGGUGCAGAGUCUGAACCUAUCCAAGGAGGAUUCGCUGACCGUAGAGGGCCUGGGAGGGGAGAAGCCUGUUGUCUUGGCCAAUGAGUCCCUGAUGGUUGAGGGGCAGGUGAUCCGCAGCCCAACCAAUCAGGUGUUGAUCCACUUUCAGAGCUACCACACCACCACCCCUGGAAUCUUCAAAUUUCACUACCAAGCUUUCCUCCUGAGCUGCGGCUUCCCCAGCCGACCUGAGAAUGGCGAUGUCAUGGUGACUGACCUCCACCCAGGUGGUUCUGCCACUUUUAAGUGCGAGUCAGGCUUCCACCUGCGAGGGGAAGAAACGCUCAUCUGCCUCAACGUCAGCCGCCCUCGCUGGAGCGGCACGAGCCCUGCAUGUGUGGCUUCCUGUGGAGGGACAGUCCACAAUGCCACUCGUGGGCGCAUCGUGGCUCCUGAGGCUCCAGGAGGGCCUCACGGCCGGAACCUCACCUGCCGCUGGUUGGUGGAGGCGCCCGAAGGCCAGAGGCUUCACCUGCACUUUGAGAGAGUGGCCCUGGAUGAAGACAACGACAAACUGAUGAUCCGCAGUGGGAGCAGCGCCUUUUCCCCAAUCAUCUACGACUCGGAUAUGGAUGAUGUCCCAGAACGGGGGUUGCUGAGCGAUGCCCAGUCUCUCAUUGUGGAGCUCACCAGUGAGGGCCCGGCCACGCCUCUCAUCCUUAGCCUGCGCUAUGAAGCUUUUGAUGAAGACCGUUGUUAUGAACCAUUCCUGGCACAUGGAAAUUUCAGCACAUCAGACCCACUGUAUCGCAUGGGGACUGUGGUGGAAUUUGCCUGCAGUGCCGGAUACAUGCUUGAACAGGGGCCUUCUGCCAUCGAGUGCAUUGAUUCAAGAGACCCCCGCUGGAAUGAGAGCGAGCCCACCUGCAAAGCUUUAUGUGGGGGGGAGCUCUCUGAGUCAACAGGCGUCGUCCUUUCCCCUGAUUGGCCCCAGUCCUAUGGGAAAGGCCAGGACUGCGUCUGGGGCAUCCGGGUGCAAGAGGAGAAGCGAGUGCUGCUGGACAUCGAGAUCCUCAACAUCCGCAAAUCCGAUGUGCUGACCAUCUUUGACGGGGGGGACCUGACAGCCCGGAUCCUCGGCCAGUACUUGGGUCCCCACCCCCGCUUCAGCCUCUACUCUUCAGGCCCAGCUGUCACCCUCCAGUUUCAGUCGGAUCCUGGGGACCCCCUUUUUGGCCUCAGCCAGGGAUUCCUGGUGCGGUACAAGGAGGUUCCACGAAACGACACUUGCCCCGAGCUGCCCGAGGUGGAGUUUGGCUGGCGCACAGCUUCUCACGCUGCCGUCAUCCGCGGCACAGUGGUGACGUACCAAUGCGAGCCAGGCUAUGACAUAGUGGGAUCCGACAUCCUCACCUGCCAGUGGGACCUGUCGUGGAGCAACAGCCCUCCCACUUGCCAGAAGAUUGUGAAUUGCGCUGACCCUGGGGAGAUCAGCAACGGCAAGCGCAGCGUCUCAGACCAACGUUUCUCCAUUGGCUCCCACGUCCAAUAUUUCUGCCAUGAGGGCUACGUGGUGGAAGGGAGCAGCACGCUGACCUGCUACAACCGGGACACGGGCACCCCCAAGUGGAGCGACCGGGUGCCCAAAUGCGUCUUGAAAUACGAGCCCUGCCUGAACCCUGGCGUCCCAGAGAACGGGUACCAAACGCUUUACAAGCACCACUACCAGGCGGGAGAAUCCCUGCGCUUUUUCUGCUACGAAGGCUUUGAGCUCAUCGGCGAAGUGACGAUCACCUGCAUACCUGGCCACCCGUCCCAGUGGACCAGCCAGCCUCCUUUGUGCAAAGUGGCCUAUGAGGAGUUACUGGAUGGCCGGAAGCUAGAAGUCACCCAAACAACAGAUCCUUCCCACCAGAUGGAAGGUGGCAACAUCGCCCUGGCCAUCUUCCUGCCCAUCCUCCUCGUUAUCCUACUGAUUGGUGGCAUCUAUGUCUACUAUACCAAGUUCCAAGGAAAGACCCUUUUUGGCUUCUCCUUCUCCAGCUCCCACAGCUACAGCCCCAUCACUGUGGAGUCUGACUUCAACAACCCUCUCUACGAGGCUGGGGACACCAGAGAAUACGAAGUUUCCAUCUAGAAGAUGUCAGAGGAUUCGCGUUCUUCCCCCCCAACCUGAGCGGGUUUGAGGAGCAGCGACUGAGAACGAUUCCUAUUUAAGGAGGGAAUAGUGGAAGGUGGUUUCGGGGGAGUUUAGGGGAAACGGCCGGGAAGAGGGGGAGCUUCUCCUCUCUGCCCCACAGAUUCACCUUCCUCCCUUCCUUCCCAUGUUGCUGCCUCACUGUCCACUCUCCCAGCUUUGGACGCCGUCCACUCCCCCCCCCCUUGUAAAUACCCUCUUCAAUGUGCCAAACGCGUUUCACACACAGACAACACACACACGCACACAGGUUUUUUCCCCUGCUUUACCUGUUUCUUUACUUAUCUGUUUAUUUGUUUGUUUGUUUACUAACUCACUUCCCUCCCCUCCCCGCCUGUUGUUUAUUAUUUCCUUAGUGGUUGAGAAAGGAGGGGUUGCGCCUCAUCCCUUUCUUCCCUUGUCUUGUCCCCCACGUCUUUUCUAAGGAGGUGGAUAUCAGUUUUAGGUGCUGCCAUUAAAACAACAACACACACUUUGGAAAGUAGAUUGUACAGUAACAUCACUUGAAACCAGCAUUUUGUGGCGCUUGUAGGAGACCUUGCCGUAAGCAAGCUGUACUUGGUGCCAAAGGGAAUGGCAUAAAACAGUAGACUAACACAAUGGAAAACUGAUAGAUGCUGUAAAUCUGAGGUGGUGGCUAACCUUUUCUUUUUUUGGCUGCUCCUCCGCUGAUCCAUGCAGAUUAUCUGAGGACGGAGGGAUGGGGGAGGCUAUUGCUCCCUCCUUACUCAUCAAAUUAUCAAUCUGGUGACCUGGGAGGGGGGCAAUUGGCAUACCCAUUGGGGGCUGGGCUGGGCAGAGAGAUGGAAAGCUCUCUGCCCAGCCCAGCACCAUAUCUACUUAUUCCCACAGCUGCCAAAAAUCAGUGGGGUCUUGGAGGGCAAGAAAAAAAUGGAGGAGCCACAUCAGGCUCCUGGGCCCUGGGGUUAGCCACCCCUGCUAAAUGAAGAAACCCUAAUUCUAAACGCUUUACAUGGGAGUGAGUCCUGUUGAGUUCAGCAGAACGUACUUCUGCUAUGUUCUUGUGCAACUGAGAAAAACCAUUUACAUUCCCUGAAAUAAAACCAACACCUCCUGUCAUUUAAGAGGGGGAAGAGCAGGGUCACAGAACAUUGUGCUUCUACCUGACCAUACCAUAGCAUAGAUGGGUUUUGCAAAGGCCCCACAUGGUGAACUGAGGCGGCCCUACGAGAGAAACCAGCAACGGGUUCGUAGAGAUAUUAAGGUGACACACUCUGCUUAGAUGGCACCUUUGUAAUUAAGCGGUAUAUUGAGGGGGCUCUUGGUAGAUCCUGCAAAAAGAAGGCACUGUUAAUAGCAGCUUCAUAGUGCAACUCUUGCGUAUGUUUACUUGGCAUGAAAUCCUGCUGCGUUCAGUGGGGCUUCCUACUAAGGGCUUUCUGAUUACAUCUUGCCAUUCUUCCUCUAAUCCUCCUACCAACCCCCCUAAAAGCAAGAAAAACCACCCCCUGCCCCCUGUCGAAAAGGUCCUGCAAAAUACAGAUCCCACUAUAAGAUGCUUGCUUAAGAAUUUUUGGCAUGGUGAGGUGGCUCGGCCUCAGGCAGCAACUUCUCAAUCAUUUUGUUUGUUAUCACAUUGGAGAGGGAAUCGUUUUUUGAUUUUCUGUCUGAGGCAAGAAAACGUUUUGGGAUGUCUGCCCCCCAAAUAAAAAUAAGACUUAUAUGCUCUCAUCUUUGAAUAAAUAUUCCACUGGGGAAAACAAUCCCUGAGUCUUCAUUCGUUGCGGAGACUCUUAAAACUUGAAAUCUGGUGGUCCAUAGACUUUUAGGGAAUGAGCCUCUGGGAAGUUCUCAUGAACAAGCCCCAUUGAUUGACUUACAUGCUUACGUUCUUUGUUUUAAUGGGGCGACCACAGAAGAACUUCCCACUGCGUUGUAACCUCAUAUAAGUUUCCCAUAAUUUCCCUCAAUUUCUGCCUUUUCAGAUUAACACGCAGGCGGAAAAUGAAUCUCAGAUUUGUCUUUUAAGGAAGGAAGCAGAGUGGUUAUUUCCCUAGUGAGCAAGUUCCCUUAAAAACAAAACGUUGGGCUAUAGUGAUUUGGGGGCAAAGGAAUUUCUAAGGCUAUAGCAUAGGCAAGUAUUUUUUAUGACUCAAUUAAAAAAAAACCACCCUUGAAAGCCUGCUUUAAUCUUACACCUGCUUUUAAGAACAAUUGUGCCAAUAUUUAUUUUUUAUUUUAGUUUGCUGCCUUUUAAAAUGACGAAACAAACCCACUGUAUAUUUCUCUAGCUUGCUUAUAAAAAGAAUAAAAAUAAUGAGGCUUUCUAGCCUCUAGUUCUCCAUAGUAUCCCUUGAAUGAUAGAACACAGAUGGAUAUUUACAUUUGAAAAAUCGUUUUAAUCCUUUUAAAGGCUGGUUUUCUUAUUAAAUGGUGCCAUACCCAUUUGCCAGGAAAAUUACAUGUGCACUAGGUGUUAGUGUCUGCUUUCUGGGCAGAAGGGCAUUUACUCUUUCAGAAUACAUACAGCAAGCAAGGGAGAGGUUUUCCCCUUUAAUCAUCAGAAUAGAAAGUCAUUAACUGUCACUUGACACCCACUUUAAGGAUGCUGAGAAAGCAUUUUGUGUGGCUCUCCCCGCUUAGGUGUUUGUAAAAAAAAGAAAAGAAGGCAAGAUCCACAGUGCCAAAAUGUAUGAAAAUAAUGUUUUAAGAAAUCAAGUGCUAGGAAGAGACGUCAUCCCCUUAGGACAUUCACAGCAAGCUUAUGGGAGAAUCCCGAUGGGGAGUGCCAAAUCACACACCCUAGAGGGAACGAAAUCUCAAGUCCCCCAAGGGUGUAUAUGGGGCAGGGGAGGCGUUUGCCCCCUUUAAGAACUACAUCCGUCCACCUACCUCCAAUAUGGGGCUGGAUAUAGGUAUAUCACUUCCCCAUCUGUCCAUUUCUCAUCUCCCGUAUUAUCAAACUUGUUGGAUUGACUCUUCUCCCCCGGCCCCCGUGACCGUUCUCUUCCAUUUUGAAAAAGGGCGAAAGGUAUCACGUUUUUCCAGGUUCUCCCUACCCUCUGUGGGCAACAUGGUUCCCCUCAUAGUUCCAUUCAUGUUGGGGAAAGGGACAGUGGGAUGUAACCCACCCACCGCCGUCCGCAAGGGAGAUGGGAUUUCUGGGGAAUGCUUCCUUUUGCAUCCAUAACCCCUUCCACCCCUAUUUUUCAGCCCUUAGGUAUUCCCCUUCCCACCCUCAUUUGCUUUUAUUUUGGAGCAAUAAAUAAAACGCACCAUUUGUAAAA